AAUAAUACAGCUGUCAAAUAACUUUGACGUUUCAGAAAUGUCAUUUACUGAAUAGCAGUUAGCACUCUACUUGUACUUGCACUAAAUGCCAACCCAACAAUCACUUUUGUUCAACUAAAGAUUAUUCAAUCGGGCUCAUAAAUUAUUUCAUUAAAGCUAAAAUCUGAUUGUGUGGCAUAAUCUUCUUCGUAACAUUAAUUGAAGAUGCACGGAAACUUAUAUGAGUCAUCGUGUAGAUGACCGUUGUGGCUUACUUUCUAGACACUAGUAACUAAAAUACUCGAAAAUGUCUGAGGUAAAAGGGACGAAGGCCUUGGAAUUAUGGUGUAAACGCCUAAUCAAGGAUUGCCCUAAUGUGCAGAUUGAUAAUAUGACUACAUCAUGGAGAAAUGGCAUCGCUUUCUGUGCAUUAGUUCAUCACUUCAGGCCUGACUUAAUAGAUAUAUCGAGUUUAAAACCAGAAAACAUUUAUGAAAACAACCAGCAGGCAUUUAGUAUUGCGGAGAAACAUUUGGGAAUUCCCGCGCUGCUGGAUCCUGAGGAUAUGGUGGAGAACGAAGUGCCAGACAGAUUGUCUAUUCUCACUUAUUUGUCUCAGUUUUAUCAACGUCUUGGCCACACAGUAAACACUAAAGCCUCUGAAAAUGAAUCCAAGACCCCAGAGCCUCCAUCAACCUCUACAGCAGCGGCACCAUUCAAAUUCGGAAAGACAGGCCUAGACAAGUGUGCUGCAUGCGGCCUGCCUGUUUACCUUGCACAGCGUCUCAUUGUCUCACACAAGCUCUAUCAUAGAAGAUGUUUCCGUUGCUCCAAGUGCUCGGGUCACUUGAACCCCAAGAAUUUCCAAGUUAUCGAAGGAUCUGAAUUUUGUUGUGAUAGUUGCAAGAAUGAAAAGAUAAUGCCUGCAUUUCUUAAUAAUAAUGACCAAAUAGGAAUGUUAGCAUUUCAUGAAGACUUGUCUAAACCUAAUGAGCUCCCCAGUGAAGAGCCUAUUGUUCCAAAACAUAAGACAAGGCCUCAGUCAAUCUUAGAGAAAAUAAGCAUGUUCGAAAAGCAAUCAGAUAAAGAAGUUAAUCUAGAAGACAAGUUAGGGAAUAUGUCUUUAUCUGACAAUUUAGAUAGUAAACUUAAAGACAGUACAGCUAGUGUUUUAAACACCAGCAAGUUACAAUCUCAAGCAGCAGACAAUAUGGAGUCAGUGGUUGACAAUGGUGCUAAAGAUAAUACCGAAUUAUUUAAACAAAGCCCUGAAAAAGUUUACAAGAGUAAUAUAAAUAAAAUUAAUUUCUUGCAAACGCAACUCGCUGAAGAUACCAAUGGUGACAAUCAGUAUAUUGUUUGUGAUACUGAGAUCCAACAUGAAAAAUUUAAUAAUUCGAAAGAUGAUAACGAAAUCAGUGAUUCUGGUUUUAAGGAAAAAUUUGACUCCACUGAAAGUGUGCGAAAAGACGAGAGUAAUAUGACUGAUGAUAUUAGAAUAGCGAAAACCCAUGUUAGUCAGCCACCUGAAAUUGACUGUCCUCCGUCAGAAACAAAUGAAUCUAGUAUUAUUGAGCCUCAAAUAUCGAUUAGUGUACCCCCACGGAAGAAAAAAAAUCUUACGCCAAGUGAAAAAACGACAGAAGCUAAAAAAUCAGACAAUGAGAAAAAAGUCGACAAACUUUAUCCUGACCAUUUAAACCCGUUUUCGGACGAUGAAGAAGAGGAGGAAGCCAGUAAAGAUACAUCAAAGCCAGUGAGCACCAACCCUUUUGGCAGCAGCGACGAGGAGGACGACGAUGUGCCGCCGAUCCAUCCUCCGAGACUGCCCACUGAACAAACCUCUACUCCCACGAAACGCCUGAUAGCCGCCAACCCCUUUUGGUCUGACGGUGAGGAGCCCUCAUCCGACGAUGAACCUCAUAAUGGAAGUACAAACAUGUACAAGUCGUCAUUGACCACAAGCACGCCGAACCUGCCGAGCGGCCGCCGGAAGAAAGUGAAGGCGCCGCCGCCGCCAGUGCUCAAGGUCACCGAGGUCCCCGCCACGUCCAUGGACGAUGUCGCGAGCAUAUCUUCGCUCAGCUCUUACACGUCCACCGUACAUUCUGACCAAAAAUCAUAUGGCAUGUCGACUCCAAGGCUAAAAAAGAAACGUAUGGCGCCAACACCACCCGAUAGCAUGUCCAUGUCCGGCUGUGGUUCUAUGGAGAAAGGCGUCGACCACUCCGACAUGAGGAACAACUCCGAUGGUGGACGUCGUCUGAAAGGCCCGGCACCCGGCCUUCCGCUUCCAGAGCGACGCGAAGUGAAAAUGCAGAUGUCCCCCGAAGAGCUGCAAGUGCAACUUGACAUGCUGGAGACGCAGCAGCUGGGCCUGGAGCGGCAGGGCGUGCUGAUCGAGCAGAUGAUCCGGGACAAAUGCGAAGGAGAAGAUGCAGUACCAGCGCCGCAGGAGGAAGUGGAAGAUCUCGUCAUUCAACUCUGCGAGCUGGUCAACGAGAAGAACGAUCUAUUCAGGAAACAAACGGAGCUCAUGUAUAUUCGGCGACAGCAGCGAUUGGAGCAGGAGCAAGCUGAUAUCGAGCACGAAAUCAGGGUGAUUCAGUCGCGGCCCGCGGUUAAUCGCAUCGAUGCUGAUAAGGCCCGCGAAGAGCAGCUGGUGUCGCGGCUGGUGCAGAUCGUGCGCAUGCGCGACGAGCUGGUGCAGCAGAUCGACGCCGAGCGCCGCCGCGAGCGCCAGGAGGACCUGGCCAUCGCCUGCUCCAUCGCCACCAAGCGGGCUCAAAGGAACAGCGACUCCAACAGCUCAUCAAUGAAAUCGACGGAGGUUGUCCCGACGCCCAAGAAAAACAAAGUAAAGGACAAAGUUAAAAAGCAACUGAAGAAAGCAAAGCACACUCUUAUUUCAAAGAGAAAAGAUGAUUCAGACAAAAAAGAGGCAAAACCCGAAAAAGAAAAGAAAUCGAAACAGUAAGAAUAAUAUACUACACGUGUGAACUGUAAAAAUAGCAGGAGAAUACAAGGAAAAUCGAAAGAACAUUUGGAACAAUUAUAGCGGUCAAUAAACGAAGACUUGAUAUUCGUAACAUUGAUCAAUUAUCGUAGUAUUUUAUAGGUGUAUAUUGAGUAUUGAUAGACUUGCUCUGUUCAGAAGAAUAAAUAAACGGCAACUAGCAAAGAUAUUCAAAUAUAUGUAAAAUACCCAAAUUUAGUAAAUAGCACUGUGAUUAGUACUUACGUAUUGGUAAACUAACGGAGACUAACAAAUUAUGUAGUAUUAUUAAUAGCUCGCUACUUAUUAUUACUUCUUAAUUUUGAUAAUGGACGCAAUUUCGUACCAUUCGUACGUACCACAUUAUUUGUAUUUAUGUUUGUGGCCUUUGCUAUAAGCGACGCUGUUUUGAUGUCCAUGUAAACUGCUUUACAUUAUUAUUAUUUAGUUUUCAUAUUUUGAUGCUGUUUUUUUAUUAAAGCAUAAAAGACAUUUAUAAUGUGUUAAAUAUACUUAAGUGGCAUGGCAUACUAAAGUACUUAAGCAAGACUGAAACAUUCCAACUAAAUUAUACAUGAUGAAAAAUAUUAUAUUCCAUUUAAAUAUAAAUUGGAGUUAUAACGUGUCAUAAAAAUAUCUUAAUUUUAAUUUAUUUUCCACUAGGUAUUGUGCCUAUAUUGGUAAUGAAUUACGCUUAGAUAUUACUGAAGUGAACUGUUUUCAAAUGUUCAAUGAUAACGGGAAUCCUAGAUCAGAAAGGAAACCUGCGAAUGAUGAGUAACAGGACGGGGGCAGAAAUUAUAUGGGCUGAAUAAACGCCAAUAUUAGUUAUAUAAAAGGAUUCCUAAAGCGAUGGAUUGAACGUUUUAACUAUGGCAAAAAAUCAAAAAAAUCUUAGUCAAUAAUAUUGUGCCACGCUAACGUAAUAUUAAUCUUCGUUAAGUUGUAUUGUUAUAAUAUCGAUAUACACUAAACACCACGUAGGCAGACAACACAAUAGUCGAAUAUAGUAUAUUCUCACAAUAAUGCACAAAUAUGUUUAUAUUAUAUCUCGAAUUACACCAAACUUCGACAAUUUGUACGUACGAAACUGAAUGCAUUUUGUUUUUAAUAGAUUUUUUUAUCAUUUUGAAUUUAUUUUAUUUAUAUGUUCGUCAAGUAGCAAAUUAUAAUAUACACGGUAGAAGAUUUCAAGAAAAUUUACAUUUGCUUACAAUGUUAUUUUUGAACUCUUCUUUCGGGUAUGUUUCGCUGCACAAUAUAUACUAAAUAUUAUUUAUUAAGUAAAAAAGCCUGUUUAGUACUAUAAUAUCUUCUAUCCAAACUAUGUAAAGUUAAAAAAUGUUGGCUAAUUUAAAUUUUUAGUUUUGUUUAUUUUUAAUGUAUUAAAAAAAUCGGCCAAGUGCGAGUCGGACUCGCGCAAAGGGUUCCGUAUCAUUAUCUAAAAAUCACUUUUUUGUAUGGGAGCAUCCUUAAAUAUUUAUUACAGUACAUAUGGUGCUAGUUUAUAGCACUAGUGCGAAAAUUAGCAUAUUACGUUACUGUGUCGGACAUUUAAAGGGCCAUAUGUACUGUAAAACGUUGUACGAUACAUGUGCGAAUAGGCAAUUCGCAACUCGUGUCGGUUUAAAACACUCCCUUCGGUCGUGUUUUAAUUUAUCGCCACUCGUUUCGAAUUUCCUAUUUUUCGCACUUGUAUCGUAAUGUACUAUUUUAUUGUUUUUAGUAUUUGUUGUUAUAGCGGCAACGGAAAUACAAUAUAAUCUGUAAAAAUUUCAACUGGCUAACUAUCACGGUUCAUGAGAUACAGCCUGGUGACAGACGCACGGACGGACAGCGGUCUCAGUAAUAGGGUCCCAUUUGACCCUUUGGGUACGGAACCCUAAAAAAAGAGACCUUCGCAAGCUUUGAUAGCGGGUGUAUCUAAACAUGUAAUACUACCAAACGAAGUUCUUACUGUUCUAUUUAAAUUCUGCUUUAUAAAAAUGUACUGUCCCGUUCUUAAGUUUUUACAAAGUAAUAGUAUUCCCGCCAUUAUGUGUUUAAUAUUACAAUUUAUUGAUAAAAUUUAUUUAAAAAAAAUACUAUUUUGUAACUUCUUUAAAAGGAUGGUUCUUAAUGUGUAGUUAACCCUUUUCCAAGCAUAGUACGAUUUAUAGACCACAUACGCGCCAAUAGAAGUUCAAAUUAAAUUGCAAUUUCGGGAAAUGUGACUUGUCUUCAAAUGAAUCAUCGAAGCUGGAUUAAUUGGGAGUAUAUUUGAUUUUUUUGAGAAAACCUUGUAUGUAGAUUGGUGCGGCCUGGAAAAGGGUUACAUAAGUAUAUUUUUGGUACAGUUCUUUUUUUGUAUUUGCACACCCGCCAUCUUGAUUCUCACCUUCGCAAAUUGUACUUAAACUGGCAAUAUACUCAAAGAUGUUGAAUUAAAUACUCCUGUCUUCCGAAUUAUUACGUGUAUGUAUAUUUGUACGUGUUUAAUGCACAGGGUUUUUUAUUAUCACAAAAAUUACUAGAUAUUUAAAUAGAGAAAACUCGAAUGAGAUGGUCACGUUUUUUAUUAUCCUUAAUUAUUAACAUUCUGUUUGUAUCAAUGCACUUAUAUUUCAAAUAUGCAAAAUAAAGAUUUAUUUACUACA